UAAAAUACCCCAGUGACGUCACACAGUCACGUAGGAUACCACAUAAAAGCAGAUGGCAUACCUGCUCCUGCAGGACUUUUAUUCUGCAGGACGAAGUUUUUCACUUCGACAGUAGCUGAUUAAAGCCUCACAAUGAAGUUCGCUGUCGUCCUGUUGCUGGCACUCGUGGCCAUGGCCUCGGCUCACCCUCGCAUGGCUCGCAGCCAAGACAAGCGAUUCCUCGUCGACACAUUCAAAGACAUUGGCAACUGGUUCUCUCACGCCUGGGACAGCGCCAAAGACGAAUUCAACAAAGUUGUUCACAGUGUAGAAGGUUUGGCAAGCCACAUCAACUUUGACGCGAUAGUGAAACAACUGGUUCCUCUCAUCGACUCGCAAGCCACUGAAGCAGGCUGCAGCACUGUGUGCACUGGAGCCGCUGCCUCCCUCCUGGGGCCAGCCGCUCCCCUGGCGGCUACAUUGUGUGGCCCACUGUGCAAAGCGGCCCUUGCUGAGCUGGAGAAAGUCGCCGGUUAAGCACAUGUGACUUGUACAGUGUCGAAACAGCACGGAUGAAAAUAAAACACUCUGACUUGUA